AUGUCUCGACUUGAAAGGCUCCGGUCGUUGGUGAACCAGCGGAUGAACGCGGCGGCGGAGGACAUCGGGCGGAUGCUGGAGGGAAAGGUGUCCGAGUACGAGGAGGAGGCCCGGUUCUUCCGAGAGGAGAACAACAGCCUACAGCACAAGAUCCUGAAGCUAGCGUCGAAAUCAGAUGUUCAGAUCAUGGUGAUGGAUGGAGACAAUAGCAGCUCCAGUGAGAACCAGGAUGACUCUCCUCAGGACCAGGCCUCGACAGCACCCCCUGUGUGUGAGCAGGAGCACCAGGAGGAAACCCCAGAUAAACCACACAGCAGGAAGAGCCAGAAGAAUCAAGACUCCAAAGACUCAGAGUCCUCUGAGGAGGAAGAGGAUGAGGGGGAAGACUCUGAGUCCUCAGACGAAGGGGAAAACCAUGGGGAAGACCAGGGAGAAGACCAGGGGGGAGAGCAGGGACAGAGAAGAACCAAGAGGAAAGCACCGCAACUGAAGGAGGAGAAGGUCAAACGAAGCAGAAACUAA